AUGGUCGGAGGUGACGUACAGUUUUUCCAGGCAGCAUGUGAGCUUUCACGAACCGAAACGAGGACAAAAGAUGACAAGGAGGAUGCGGCUCGAGAAAAAGAAGAGCAGCGCCUCUGGAGUGAGGACAGGCUGAUACAGAAUGCAACACCGAAGAAAGAAGAAUCGCCAAGUCCGGCGAAAGGUGCGAAGAAUCUGCCUGUGCCAAGAUCGCCAGAAGCUCGCAACACGUCCCCAUGGAGGACGCAAAGACGUGCUGUUGCCGUGGUUAGACCGCAGCCGGUCGUAGUCAUGAGGUCAUCUAGUCCUGUGCCGAAGCUCGCUGAGACAAAUGGUAGACCAAGCCGCUUACCGCUCAGUACCGCUAACAGGGAAAAGGAGGCGCUGAAGAAGGCUGCCACAAGUUUGGAAUCCCAGUUGCCAAGGCCGCCAUCAAGAACGUCGUCAACUCGAAAUGCUAUGAGCACAUCCACAUCUUCCCUAGAAACUUCUUCGAAAUCGUCAGUUGGAUCCAACUCGUUCGGACUGCGCAGGUCCUCGACGACGUCAAAUUUCGGGAACGGAUCGACGUCAACUUCAUCGUUUUCACUUUCUCAGUCCAGAUCCUCGUCUAACCUUCGCCGACCGUCCUACGGUCUAUCACGUGUUUCCAGUCACAGCACAUUGGAACGAAAACCCGGACACUUGUCGAUGAAAGUUCGACCCACGGAUUCCUACAUCGCGACGCGACCGCACGCGUCGGAUUUUGCGAGUCUUGGCUGGCCUCACGUUAGGAAAUGGACUGAAUAUGUUCGCUAG